AGUAAUCUAGAGAAGUACUGCAAUUUGCAAGAAUCAUUUGAAAAUUUCUGCUAUAAACAAAUAAACAAGGGUACCAACUACCAAAAAAACAAAAAAAAAAAAAAUGGCUCGCCAGUUGGUUGUCCUUGCCCUCGUCUUCGUGGCCGUUGUUGGGUUGGCCUCCGCCCAAUCAUCACCUAGCAGUGCCCCGUCGCACUCUCCCUCAAAAUCCCCGGCCCCUUCAUCCGCAGCCAAACAUGCACCAUCAAAGGCCCCCUCAGCAGCCACUCCCAAGGCAUCAUCCCCGGCCCCCAGCUCCAACGCCCCAUCCACCUCCCCAUCUGCCGCACCCGAGGCCAGCACCCCUGAGGCGUCAUCGCCACCUGCCCCACCCAGCGAUGCCCCAUCACCAACCUCUGCCACCCCAACCCAGUCGCCCGCUGAGACACCCGCUGAGACACCCAAGGGCAAUGGAGCCGCCACCUUGAAGGCCUCUGCCGCUCUUGGUGCCGCCGCUGUGGCUGGAUUCUUCUACUUUUAAGCAAGAAAAAGAUUUUCCAAGAAAUGAAGCAGUUUGUUGCUUGAUUAGCGGUUGCCGAUGUUUAAUUUUUCCAAAUUCAUGCA